AUGGCUACCUCAUCGAUCUCGGCUUCGCCAGCACCACGGCCGAUCAACGCCGAAGCAGACUCUCCUUCCACAGAGUUCGACAUAAUAGCCACUUACAACGACUUGAUCCGCAAUGACCCGACCAUCACACCCCCAAUCGCCGCCAUCGAAUCGCUGAUCAACCUCCUAGCAUCGUCCCCCUUGACGACCAUCUCCGAGACCCUCGCCCUUUUGUCCACGCACAGCCGCAAACUUCUGGCAAGUCAGAGGAACCCGAUCCCGCUCUCGGCCGGAACGGACCUCUUCCAACGCUACCUGAUCAGUUCGUUCCAGCAGCGCCCGUCGUCGCUAGCGAACUCCGACUUCUCCACCCUGAGGCACCACAUCAUCACGCAGUCCUCCCUGUUCGUGAAGAAUGCAGGCACCGCACGCUCCAAGAUCGCGCAGCACGCCCUCCCAUUCACCAUCAAGAGGGACGCCAGCGCCGGUACCAGCAGUGGCACCACCACGAUCGUCACGUUCGGGUGUUCGCGCGUCGUGCACGCCGUGCUGGCCCACGCGGCCGAACACUCGCCCUCGCAGACCCGCCCCUUCGACGUGAUUUGCGUGACGCCCGCAGCAGCCUCUUGGUUGUCCUCGUUACAAGAGACAUCCCUCGCCAAGCUCGCAGCCCUGGGCAUCCGCACGGCCACGAUCCCACUGCACGGCCUGGCCUACGCGCUGUCUUCGCUGUCGACUGCCCCGCAAGUCCUACUGGGCGCCAGUGCCGUGCUCGAAAACGGCGCCAUCGUCUCCGAUUUGGGGUCGCGUACCGUGGGGCUGAUCGCCCACGCGUUCAACGUCCCGCUGCACGUGUGCGUCGAGUCGUAUAAAUUCGUGCGCAACUUCCCUUUGGGAUGUGGGCCCGGGGACCUGACGCGCAUGGGCGUGAAGCAGGACGUGUUGAAGUUCUCGGACCCAACUUCCGGCGACGCGGCCUCUGAUUUCGGUGACGGGGACGGUGGUGGCGUCCACGAGCGGAGGGGAGACGACUACUUUGCUUCUGAGGGUAAAUCUGCCAGUGCCAUUCCUGAGAUUGAGGAGAGAGGUGGCCCAGAGCGAGAAACACAGGACGAAGAGGAGCCAAUGAUUGAAAUCACGCCCCCGGAGUUGAUUUCGGCCUUGAUCACGGAGAAUGGCAUCAUGACGACCAAUGCUGUUAGCGAGGAAUUGAUCAAGUUAUGGUUCUGA